GGCAGAGCUUCAGGCAGACACUUGGGGCACGGUUGGAGAGCGCGGGUCAACCGCCUGGACUACGCGAGCAGGACCUGAUGGCUUCCAAAUCACAGCACAACGCCUCCAAAACCAAGAGUCUGAAUGGCAAGGCUGAAUCUCAAGGACAAUGGGGCCGUGCCUGGGAAGUGGAUUGGUUCUCCCUGGCCAGCAUCAUUUUCCUGCUGCUCUUCGCCCCGUUCAUCGUGUACUACUUCGUCAUGGCGUGUGACCAGUACAGCUGCUCGCUGACCACCCCCGCACUGGACAUAGCCACCGGUCGUGCUAGUCUGGCAGACAUCUGGGCCAAGACACCACCUGUGACAGCCAAAGCCGCCCAGCUGUACACCUUGUGGGUCAGCUUCCAGGUGCUUCUUUACUCCUGGCUUCCUGACUUAUGCCACAGAUUUCUGCCAGGCUAUGUGGGAGGUGUCCAAGAAGGUGCCAUAACUCCAGCAGGGGUUGUAAACAAGUAUGAAGUGAACGGGCUGCAAGCCUGGCUCAUCACUCACCUCCUCUGGUUUUUGAAUGCCUACCUCCUAACCUGGUUCUCCCCCACCAUCAUCUUUGACAACUGGAUCCCACUGCUGUGGUGUGCCAAUAUUCUGGGCUAUGCUGUGUCCACGUUUGCAAUGAUCAAGGGCUACCUGUUCCCCACCAAUGCUGAAGACUGCAAAUUCACAGGCAAUUUCUUCUACAACUUUAUGAUGGGCAUUGAGUUCAACCCCCGCAUUGGGAAGUGGUUUGACUUCAAGCUGUUCUUCAAUGGACGCCCAGGAAUUGUGGCCUGGACCCUUAUCAACCUGUCCUUUGCUGCCAAGCAACAGGAGCUUUAUGGUCAUGUGACCAACUCUAUGCUUUUGGUCAAUAUCCUGCAGGCCAUCUACGUGUUAGACUUCUUCUGGAACGAAACCUGGUACCUGAAGACCAUCGACAUCUGCCAUGACCACUUUGGGUGGUACCUGGGCUGGGGUGACUGUGUAUGGCUGCCCUACCUCUACACGCUGCAGGGCCUGUACUUGGUGUACCACCCUGUUCAUCUCUCCACUCCCAAUGCUGUGGGCAUCCUGCUGCUUGGCCUGGUGGGUUACUAUAUCUUCCGAAUGACCAACCAUCAGAAGGACCUGUUCCGCAGGACAGAUGGGCGCUGCCUCAUCUGGGGCAAGAAGCCAAAGGCCAUCGAGUGCUCCUACACAUCAGCCGAUGGGCAGAAACACCGCACCAAGCUGUUGGUGUCAGGCUUCUGGGGUGUGGCCCGUCACUUCAACUAUACUGGUGACCUGAUGGGCAGCCUAGCCUACUGCCUGGCGUGCGGUGGCAACCACCUUCUCCCCUACUUCUACAUCAUCUACAUGACUAUCCUGCUCACCCACCGCUGCCUCCGUGAUGAACACCGCUGUGCCAACAAGUAUGGCCGUGACUGGGAGCGCUACACGGCCGCAGUGCCCUACCGCCUGCUGCCUGGAAUCUUUUGAGGACCAUCCUGGGAUGCAUAGGGAGGUUUUUAUUGAGUGUGUGGAGUUGGAUGCUUGGGGGCUGGCAUCCUGGCUUCCCCUGCAGGGGCAUCAGUUUGCUCAUCUGGAGAAUGGAGAGCCUGGUGCCCAGCAGUGUCUGGCUGGUGGCAGCUAGGAAGCGGAGUUCACACUGAUCCCCCAGCAGGCUGUUUUCUCUACUCAGCAUCCUGAGGGCAGACUAUCGUGGCCCUUUCAUGUCUGUCUUUAUGUUGGGUGCCCGCAAUCUAUGCUGCCCAGAUGGUUUAGGCUUAUCAUGCGUGUCCUAGGAUUGGGCCAACCUAUUAAACUGGAGACAAUGUGGGAUCUAAGGAUUUUGAUAAUGCCAACCUUCCCCUUCUGUUCUGCCAUGCUAGGCUGGGCCCCUGAACCAUUUUUGUCUGUAGGCGUGUGUAGUCUUCAUUAGCAGAGGGCUCAGAGGCCAUUGUAGGAGGAAGGCUUUCUGUUUGGGUUCUUGUUUCUGAUUCUUAACCCCAGGAAUGCCAGGCAGUGGAACGGGGUAUCCAGGGGCACUGCCCACUUCACAGUGGGCAUCCUGGCUAAUCGGUUAAAGUCUUUGUGACAUAAGACAGGGUUUCUAGGGCUGGAGAGAUGGCUCAGAGGUUAAGAGCAUUGUCUGCUCUUCCAAAGGUCCUGUGUUCAAUUCCCAGCAACCACGUGGUGGCUCACAACCAUCUGCAAUGGGGUCUGGUGCCCUCUUCUAGCCUGCAGGCAUACACACAGACAGAAUAUUGUAUACAUAAUAAAUAAAUAAAUAAAUACUUUAAAAAUUUUUUUAAAAAAAGACAGGGUUUCUAAUACAGGACUCCCUGAGUACCCACCCACCUAGCAGCUCAGCCCCCUGCCCUCUUCCAGAAAGUGCUUCUGUUCACCCCAAGACACUUGGUUCAGGGGUAAACAGAUUUGGAUUAGACAACCCAGAAUGUAUCACCAGCCAGUGGCCUCAGCCACACCUUCCCCAACAGGAGUUCCAGUGUUGGGAAGGGCACCCAUUCUCAUUUGGGACAAUUGGCCCCUAAAACUCAGGGCAUUCUGUAAAACUAGAUAGGAUCCUCUUCACCUUGCAGAUAAGUCUUUGUAUUAAAUCUACCUUUUUAAAUGUG